CAGAAAGAGAAGAGGAGGCAGAGGGAGAGGCCGGAGUGGAGUGAGUGUGGAUGUUGGUGGACAUGGUGAGAGGACAGCUUGUGAGUGAGCGAUGACAACCAUGCUGAGUCCAAAGAUCAGGCAGACCAGGCGAGCCCGGUCCAAGAGCAUGGUGAUGGGCGAGGUGUCGCGGGGCCCGGGCCACCCGGCUUCUCCCAGUCUGCAGGAGGGUGCGCUGAAGGCAGGCUGGCUGAAGAAGCAGAGGAGCAUCAUGAAGAACUGGCAACUUCGAUGGUUCGUGCUGCGCACGGAUCAGCUCUACUUCUACAAAGAUGAGGAGGAAACCAAACCACAGGGCUGCAUCCCUCUACAUGGAUGCCAGGUGAACGAGAUCACAGCGAACCCAGAUGAAGCAGGAAGGCAUCUUUUUGAAAUCGUCCCAGGUGGAACCGGUGAUAAGGACCGAGCUCCAGUCAGCCAUGAAUCCUUCCUGCUCAUGGCCAACUCCCAGACGGACAUGGACGACUGGGUCAAGGCUAUACGACGGGUCAUCUGGGCUCCAUUUGGUGGAGGUAUAUUCGGCCAACGCUUAGAGGACACAGUGCAGUAUGAAAAGAAGUUUGGACCAAGACUGGCCCCCUUGCUGGUGGAGCAGUGUGUGGACUUCAUCAGGGAGAGGGGCCUGGAUGAGGAGGGUCUCUUUCGUAUGCCGGGUCAAGCCAACUUGGUCAAAGAGCUGCAAGAAGCCUUCGACUGUGGGGACAAACCGCUGUUUGACAGUAACACAGACGUCCACACGGUGGCGUCCUUGUUAAAACUGUACCUGCGUGAGCUGCCUGAACCGGUCAUCCCCUUCUCCAAAUAUGAAGACUUUCUAACGUGUGCACAACUUCUCGCCAAAGAUGAGGAGGAGGGGGUUCAAGAGCUUGGGAAGCAAGUCAGCUUGCUGCCGCUUCCAAACUACAAUCUCCUCAAGUAUAUAUGCAAAUUCCUCGAUGAGGUCCAGUCCCACUGUAAUGAAAACAAGAUGAGUGUCCAGAACCUUGCUACCGUGUUUGGGCCCAACAUCCUUCGACCGAAGAUGGAGGACCCGGUCACGAUAAUGGAAGGCACAUCGCUGGUCCAGCACCUCAUGACCAUCCUCAUUCGGGAACACAACCGUUUGUACUCAGGGAGGGAGCAGGAAGUAGAAGACGCACCUCAAACGGAUCUUCAGAUCUCGGGACCGCUUCAAAAUCGAAGCUUGGGAGCUUGGAUCUCUGAAGAGGACCUGCAGAGCUGCCCGAUCUCCAACCCCGACCAAGAGCUACACAGCAGUGCCUCAUCGCUGGACGCCAAACUGUGUGCUGCUGUCACCCCGACUCAGACCCCCAACACUGGACCAAAGUUUGCUUCUGGUAAAGGGGAAACUGUAGUCAGUCCUAGUAAACAAACCAAGACGCUACCGUCGUGGAAGUACACCUUCAAGAGUUCCUCAGCGCCUCGAUCUCAACCUCAAACCAAGCAAUGCAGCAGCUCAGCGGCUGAAACAACCAGCGUGUCCUCGGCGGGUGGAGGUGGCAACUGGUUGAUGAACGGCCUGUCUUCACUGAGGGGUCACCGGCGCACCUCCUCGGGUGAGCGCUCUGCCCGUGACCGCGACUCCACAGGCUCCUCACAGAGACUAUCCACCUACGACAACGUGACCUCGUCCUCCAGCAUGGGCAGUGUUCCCAGCGUGGCUAGCACGCCGUGGUCCACCUCCUCCUGCGAGAUCUCAAUGCCGGAGUCAGGGGGCAGCGAAACCCCAGCUCACCAGAACGGUGUGCUGUUGAGUGAAGGUGGCGGAAGGGCUGAGUGGGCAGAGAGGGAUGCUGAGCGAGAAAAGGACGGUGGGGCGCUCACAGACCCCAGUUCCGAGCAGGACAGUUGUGAAGCCAUGGAGCUGUGCAGCAGCAGCGCCGCCUGCAGCGAGAACGGAAACAUGGCUACGGCGCCUGGCGUGCCGACGAUAAUCAUGUCUGAGGAUGGAGACGGGACGAUUACAUCGCUGACCAGCCUGGUCGAGGGUCUGAAGGAAGAGUUGAGGAAUCAAAAAACUGCUUAUGAAGCAAGGAUACAGAAACUUGAGGACUCCAGCGCUGCUCUUUGUGCGCAAAUGGAGCGUCUGGAACAAGAGAUGGAACAGGAAAGGAAAAAGCAACGCAUGCUUGAAAUCAAACUGCGGAACUCUGAGAGGGCACGAGAGGACGCCGAGAAUCGAAACAGGCUCCUGGAAAAAGAAAUGGAGGACUUUUUUUCGACUUUGGGAGAUCUUGCCUUGGGCGCGAGGACUAGCGAUAUUUGAUGUAAAGACAGGCUGGAUUGUUUUGAAUGUCUGUGCGACGCGGAAAAAGGAGUCCUUUCGCGGAUGGAAAUUCAUUAUGUGAAUCAGUAUUUGAAGGAGUACGGUAUCUGCACAUCAAUCCGCAAAAUGAGGCCGCUAAAAGGCAACCACUAUGUCGAUGUGAUUUGAAUGCAUUUACUGGACAACUCGAAUGUCGAAUGCCAUCAGCUGUGUAAUAUUGAUAUUUAUGUGUUAUUUAUACUGAAAAAGGUCAGACAAUUUUGGAACAAAUCUGUCCCCUGGGGGUUAAGUGAUUAAAUAUGUAACAAGUUAGCUUAGCAUAUGAACUAGAGGCAGGGUAACACAAGUAGAGCUAAUUUAAUAGAACAAUAAUGUUUACAUCUUUGAGACUAUAUGUUAAGUAUGGGGCAAAUUUAAUUUCCAGGUUUACACUCAUGGCUUUGGUGGUGUUGUAGACCUCAUAAGGUGCUGGGCUGGGUUAUGUUACCAUUAGCACUGAGGGACCCAAACUAUUCAACAAUAUUUAUCACAAAUAUCACAUUGAAUUUAGACCAUCAUAUCUUUCUUCGAGCAUUAAAAAUGCAUUUGAAUAGCUGAUAGCUGUUGGUGGUGGUUGAGGUGGUGGUUGAGGACCUUGCCAUGAAGGCUUGCCAUCCCUGACUACAGGAGAGUAUGUCAAUGAUAGUAUUUCUUACCUUUAUAGUUUGUAGCAAAACACUGUUGCCACCACACCAGGUACUAAAUCUGUGCCAUCUCUCAACAGGCCUGGCUCUCGAAUCUCAGGCCAGGCCUGCUUUAGUAGACCUCUGAUUUUUGUUGAAAAUGAAACGUUACUUUCUCUAGACAAAGGAAAUGGUGACAGAAAACGGGCUUCAUAUAGACCCUCUCUAAGCAGUUGAGAAAUGGCCUUUAAGACUCCAUGUGUGCACACAAUGUUAACACAUUCUUCAUCGUGUACCUCAAAAUGCAGUGGGCGAAGCACAUUGGAGGUCACUGCAGCCUCACAUGUGCACAUCAGACCAUUAUCUAUGACCACUGCAACAGCGAGGGAUCAGCACUCAUCAUCAGUACCAGUGUCACCACAGCCUUGUUGCAUGCAAACUGCUACAAAAUAUCACAUGCCAGUCGAUGUCACGAGCUUGUGAGAGCGAUAGUAAAGGUGCAAAGCUGCUUCAGAUCCUCAGGCUCCUCCAGUGCCUCUGUCGUCACUUCAAAGUCGCCUUGGUUUUCAGGUUGCCAUGACACCAACAUAUAUGGUUUUUGAAGUCCAAAAUGCCAAAGGUGGGCCGCCUCUGCUGUUUACUCUCUCCAUAUCUGACCGGUCUGCUUGGAAGCCAUGCUGAUUUUGGCACAUAGAGCUGAACACUGCCCUUAAAGAAACAAUGGGACUUCCUGGUUGUGCCUUCAGGGAAGCUUUUGUAGCAGUAUAAAUUGCUUGCUUGUCUGGAAACAAACCCCCAAAACGCCUGCAGAUUUGACCGCUGUAGAAGGGGCCAGCUAUUGUGAAAGUGAAAUGUGAUAUGAAUGAAAAUACCAGUGUAUUUUCAUUGUGAAUGUAAUGUGAAAAAAAUCAGCCCCAAGAAGACACAAAAUCAUGACCAUCCUGGACAUACGAGUCAAUUUCAGACUUGCAAUACUGAAUUUGAUUCCAAGAAAAACACUUGUUCUCGGAGUAUUGCAUGUUGACUGCAAACCAUGGAGGAAGUGAUUGAAAGUGUAUCUGACCAAGGGCCCAAUGAAGAGAAUGAUUUGAUCUCUUUGCUGUAUGUAAGUCUUAAAAUUUUAGUAUUUCUGAUUGUUCUGAAUGGUGCUCACUAUUUAUUAUAGAUUCACGCUAUUGUACUAAAUGGAUGCGUAUGGAAAUAAAUUCAGAAACAUGAGUCUCUUUUUUUAAACAUCAAAACGUAGCUGAAUAAAACAAAAAAAAUGUCCAUGU